UCCUUCUCCCGCCGCCUCCGGAGCGCAGGGUCCAGCCGCCGCAGUAGCUCGGAGCUUUCGGAGAGGCGCGCAGCCAGGGUCGGGGGGUGAGUCAACGAGGGGGCCGGAGCCGGAGCCGGAGCCGGAGCCCGAGAAGCCGAGGAGCAGCAGCCCCGCGCGGCGGCCGGAGCGACGCGCCGAGGGUCCCGCAAACUUGAGCGGCGCUCGCGCCCCUGCCCGCGGUCGGAGCGAUGAAGAUGGUCGCGCCCUGGACGCGGUUCUACUCCAACAGCUGCUGCCUGUGCUGCCAUGUGCGCACGGGCACCAUCCUGCUCGGCGUCUCGUACCUGGUCAUCAAUGCCGUGGUGCUGUUGAUUCUGCUGGGCUCCCUGGCGGAUCCCGGCCAGCGUCGCUUUUCGAGUUCGGAGCUGGGAGGUGACUUAGAGUUCAUGGAUGACGCCAACAUGUGCAUUGCUAUCGCAAUUUCUCUUCUCAUGAUCCUGAUAUGUGCAAUGGCCACUUAUGGAGCGUACAAGCGACGUGCUGCCUGGAUCGUCCCUUUCUUCUGUUACCAGAUCUUUGACUUUGCUCUGAGCGCCUUGGUCGCCAUCACUGUGCUGGUUUAUCCGAACUCCAUUCAGGAGUACAUACGACAGCUGCCUCCUAACUUUCCCUACAAAGAGGAUGCCAUGUCAGUGAAUUCUACCUGUUUGGUCCUUGUUGUUCUUCUGUUUAUCAGCGUUCUCUUGGCUUUCAAGGGUUACUUGAUUAGCUGCGUUUGGAACUGCUACCGGUACAUCAACGGCAGGAACAACUCCGAUGUCCUGGUGUAUGUUACCAGCAAUGACAGCACGGUGCUGUUACCCCCGUACGAUGAUGCCACUGUGACCAGCGCAGCCAAGGAGCCGCCCCCCCCUUACGUAUCUGCCUGAGCCCGACGGUGGGCGGAGCAGAGCAGAGCAGAGCUUGGCUUUGCAGACAUCGAGGCAUUAGUUCUUUCUCUUCUGAGAUGCGCUCUCCGAGUUAUUUGUUGCUGAGAUGUUGCAACUUAAAUUUUUAGCGUUAAGUUGAAACCCUCUGUAUUUUUAAACGUAUGCUUUAGCUAGAGCACUGUGAUAGGUUAGCUUCCCCGGACGCCCUGGGCGCCGAUUCCCGGCAGUCUGGGUGGACUUGAGGCAGAGAAGUCUGGUUUUGUACCCCUAGGCCUCAAGUUGGGGGGAUUCAUCACAUUUUUUUUCCUCUCUGUUCCCUCUGUCUCUUUCAAAAGUAUCAAAUAAAAUCAAAAUGAAACAAUACUUUUCUUAA